AUGCCCAGAGAACUCAUCACCCUUCAAGCCGGACAGUGCGGUAACCAAAUUGGAUCGCACUUCUGGGAGCACCUCUGCCGCGAGCAUGGUAUUGCAAAGGACGGCACGUUGGAAGAGUACGCUGCCGAGGAGCAGGGUGGAGAUCGCAAGGAUGUCUUCUUCUACCAGGCAGACGACGAACAUUACAUUCCGAGAGCCAUCCUGGUCGAUCUCGAACCAAGAGUCAUCAACAAUAUUCUCUCAGGACCGUACAAGAACCUCUACAACCCUGAAAACAUCUACAGUAGCAAGACAGGAGGCGGUGCCGGCAACAAUUGGGCGCAAGGCUAUGCCGCAGGCGAAAAGAUUGCGGACGAAUUGAUCGAGAUGGUCGACCGAGAAGCCGACGGCAGUGACAGUCUCGAGGGCUUCAUGCUAAUGCACUCGAUCGCAGGUGGUACCGGUUCUGGUCUCGGUUCCUUUCUGCUCGAACGACUCAACGAUGCUUACCCGAAGAAGCUAAUCCAGACCUACAGCGUAUUUCCCAACUCGGAAGAGACAUCCGACGUCGUCGUGCAGCCCUACAACUCGCUGCUCUCGAUGAAGCGUCUCACCAACAAUGCCGACAGCGUCAUCGUGCUCGACAAUGCAGCUCUCAGCAGGAUCGCAGCCGACCGACUUCACCUCCAAAACCCAAGCUACAGUCAGACCAACCAGCUUGUCGCUACCGUCAUGGGCGCUUCAACCACCACAUUGCGCUUCCCCGGAUACAUGAACAACGACCUUGUAGGCAUGAUUGCCUCGUUGAUCCCCACGCCAAGGGCGCACUUCCUCAUGACCUCAUACACACCGUUUACGUCAGACAACGUCGACCGAGGCAAGGCCACCAUGAAGACCACUGUGCUAGACGUGAUGCGUCGUCUGCUCCAACCCAAGAAUCGCAUGGUCAGCACGCUCGGCGCCUCGAAAUCUAGCUGCUACAUUUCCAUCCUCAACAUCAUCCAGGGCGAAGUCGAUCCACGAGACGUGCACAAGUCGUUGCUGCGCAUCCGCGAACGUCAUCUCGCCAGUUUUAUCCCCUGGGGUCCCGCCUCGAUCCAGGUGGCGCUGUCCAAACGAAGCCCGUACGUGCCCAGCUCGCAUCGCGUCAGCGGUCUCAUGCUCGCCAACCACACGGGAAUCGCGAGCUUGUUCAGGAGGAUGGUGGAUCAGUACGACAGAUUGAGGAAGAGGAGCGCUUUCCUCGAGAUGUACAAGCGCGAACCCAUGUUUGCCAACGACUUGUCCGAGUUCGACGAGGCCAGAGAGACGGUCGCCGAGCUCAUGGCCGAGUACAAGGCGGCGGAAAGCCCGGACUACAUCACCGGACAGCCAGAUGACCUUUGA